CGUUGACGUCGAGAAAAGAAAACAAAAAAUAGCACACACUGUUUAGUUUUGUUUCUUCUUGUGUAUCAUUACGGAUAGUCUAAUAUCCGCAGUGAGGGAUACCUGCACGUCUUGUUCUGUAGUGGUUCAUGGUUCACUCUUAUUCUAGUCAGGGUGGAGGUUUCAAGAACGAAGCGUGCCAUGGGAUUUCCCUAAAAUAUUCAUUGUAACUCUAUUAUAGCAUAAUUCCACGAAUUUCAACAUGAAGAAAGGCAAACGCCCAAAUGCUGGUGGCGGCCGUUCAAGUAACCAUUCUGCCAGUAGUGGUGGUGGAGGCGGAGGUGGUGGUGCGGCUGCUUCAGCCGACAGUGCUAGUGCGCCCCAACGUCCACCGGAAGAUUCUUUUCCUGGCUGCAAGUUACGGGAGUCGCCUAACCUGAAGAGCUGGACAGGAAAGUCGCCGCUCACUCAGCUUCAUGAGCUAUGCCAGCGUAAUGCCUGGCUAAAGCCACAGUUUGACGUGUUUAAAGGCCGCGGGGGUAUUGAUGGUUGGCAGUGCAGGAUAACUUUGAGUCGCCGUGAGAAGAAGACCAGUGCCAUCGAGACAGUGUCGUUCGCGCCUCGGGAGGGCUUUCGAACCCUGACAGAUGCGAAGCACUUUUCGUCUGUCUUCACUCUGCAGGCAGUCAAUGGCCAUAAACCAAUGCAGCUUGUCCUACCGUAUGGCUACCGGGACUACUGGAUAGAAUUGGACAAGGAACGCAAGGCCGGAAAACUUGACUUUCUCCCUGUCCCCGGCAGCGAUCCUUUCGCUAAGAAACCAGUUGAGGAGAAGAAGGCGGAACGAAGGCAUGAGACUGCAAGAAAAGUACCACCAUUUCUUUCUAUUGUCAGAAUGAAUGAACAGGCCCGGGCAAUGAUUGUGACCAUGCUUUCACAGUAUGAAGCUUCUGCUGCUGCUGCUUCUGUGGCUUCUGCUUCUUCAUCUUCAUCCUCAUCUGGAUCUCAUCAGGCGUCCAUGGACGCCAUUUGUCGUCUCGGAUUCCAUCCUCAGCACGUAAGAGAAGCAACGGAGAAUGCAUCGGAUAGAGAAGGCAUCAUCCACUGGUUAAGCCUGCAUCUGCCAGAGGCCGACUUGCCACACAACUUUCAAGCUGCGUCCUGGGAAAUGUCGGCAUCUCAUCGCGACCAAGCUGGUUUAGCCAGGGAAUAUCAGGCUCGGCGGAUAGCCGAGUCACUUGGUUUCUCAGUGCCAAGAUGCCUGCAGGCCAUUGACAGCUGUGACGGCGAUGCUCUUCAAGCCAGGUGCUCUUUGCUCAAGUGCAUCGUGACAGGGUCGGAUGGAUGGCAGCCACCUGUUCCCAAAGAAUUUUCUUCUGAAGAGCUGAGUACCGCUAUUGAGCAGCGCUUAGAAGAGACGAUGGUGUUGCAAGCCAUUCUUGGUGAUAGAUAUAGUUCUGGUGGUGAUGAUGGUCGUCCAGCAACAGUUCAACUAGAGCUUCCACCAUCUAGCACACCCUCGUUUACCACAUCCAGUAGUGCAAAGUCCAAGUACGCAGCACCUCGAGCAGAAGAACGUGAGGAAUGUGUUCUGGAAAUCUACCACACAGCGGACUCUCUGUACCCGUACGGCACCCCGAGCGGCCUUCUGGUUCACAACAAAACCUGGCCAAUGUACACGCGCCUGCACAUUGUGCAAGCGGCCGGCAGAUAUGCUGAGGAACUGGCCGCCCGUUCCGAUGGAAUGGUGUUCAUCAGUGAAGUAGUGACAUGGCUGGAGGAGCAGAUACCCGUCUUGUCGCAGGUUGCACCCACACUCAUGAGCUUGUCCUACCUGAGAACUGGCAAUGAUGUUGCGGACGCAUCAGAUCAGCUGCCAGCAUUCCGAUCGCCCAGUCCUGAGGAGAGUGAUGGCGAUGGUGGUGCAACAGCGAGUGCUGCAGCAUCAGCCAGCGCCAGCAGUCGUGGCACAUCGGGCAAGGAAUUCGGUUCUCUUGCUCCGUUCAGAAAACCGCCGUCUUCCUCUGAAGCCGCUAAGCUUCGAAGGAACUUGGAAGAAGAGUAUACACGUCGGCAAACGCAAGCCGCUUACAAGCGUAUGCUACCACAGCGACAGCGCCUGCCAGCUUCUAAAUAUGAAGAUGAAGUAGUGCAGGUGGUGGAGAAAAGCUCAGUGACCAUCAUCCAGGGUGAAACAGGCUGCGGUAAAAGUACUCAAGUUCCUCAGUUCGUCCUGGACAAUGCGUGGAAAACAGGACGGGGCGACAGUUGCUUCAUUGUCGUCACUCAGCCGCGCAGACUGGCAGCAAUGGCCGUGGCGGAACGAGUAGCAUCUGAGCGCGGUGAGAAGGUUGGCAAAUACGUAGGGUACAGUGUUCGUCUGGAGAGCAAGUGUUCCUCUCACACAAGACUACUGUUCUGCACAACUGGUGUGCUGCUGAGGUGGUGUCAGGAACCUGGCCGCCUUCAGGCCAUUUCUCAUCUUAUUGUGGAUGAAGUGCACGAGAGAAGCAAUGACAUGGACACACUGCUGGCACUCAUUCGCAUUCGCAUGCAGCAUGAGUGUUCCAGAAUGAAGGUGGUACUGAUGAGUGCCACGUUGCACACUCAGCAGCUCUCCGAGUUCUUUCUCGGAUGUCCACAAGCCCACUCGACCGCGCAAGUAGUGAAAAUCCCUGGAUUCACCUAUCCCGUCGAUAUCUUCUACUGGGAGGAUGUCAAGGGAUAUACGCGCUAUGUGGAUGAUCAGGAAGAUGGAGAUAGAAGAAAGAACUAUGCAUCAUCUGGAGGUGCAUCAAAAUCUGCCAGCAACACAAGCAGCAGUAAUAUUCCUCCGCUAGAUUUGAAUGCCGUCGUACACUGCGUGUCGUAUCUGGUGGAGCAUGAGCCUCCCAGUGUCAUGCUCGUCUUUCUGCCGGGCUUGGCGGAAAUCCUGAAGUGCAUCUCGCAGGUGUCAAACGGUGGUGUCGCUGCACAGGCUCUUGCACUUCCCCUGCACUCAUCCCUGUCUCCCGCCGAGCAACAUAGAAUAUUUGAGCCAGUUCCACGAGGCAAGUGGAAGGUUGUGUUUACAACGAAUAUUGCCGAGACGAGUAUCACUGUGGAUGGUGUGACACACGUCCUCGACGCUGGCAGGGUCAAGCAGACCAGUGAGGACAAUCCUGUUUGGAUGUUGAUAUUGCCAGACCCUCCAGUUGGCUGUUUCGCUUUAACAGAGCUCAUCAGUGGAGCCACGAUCCAAGCAGUGGUUUGUUUGCAGCGACUGGUCGAGGUGUGGACAUCACAGAGCAGUUGCAAGCAACGCACAGGUCGAGCCGGGCGAACUCGAGCCGGUAUUUGCUGGCGCCUGUUCACCCAGCAACAGUUUGCACAUUUGACGCAGGAAGACAUUCCAGAAAUCCAGCGCACUUCGCUCGAGCAGCUGUGCUUACAAACCCAGUCGAUUUUACACGAGCGGGACAUUGAAUGCCUGAAGAAGAUGAAAAUGAAGAGCGUCAAGAAACCAUCGCACGCCACUGCCGCAUCUUCAUCCGAGGCGGCUGCUACCGCGGAUGACUCAUCAUCUCCGCUGCAGAAAGAACGCGUAGCUGCUGAGAAGCUUCUGUCGUCGCCGGGCAGUCUGCCGACAGCCAAGUUUCUGCUGCGCUGCAUGCUCUCUGCCCCGUCACCUCUGGCUGUGGCUGCCGCAGUCACGUCGCUUAUCCGCAUCGAGGCUGUCGACGCUGAGUCUGGCUUCAUGACCAACAUGGGAAAGUACCUGUGCAAGAUACCAGCCGAUGCACGCAUAGCUAAGUGCCUAGUGCUGUCAGCUGUGUUGGGAUGUGUGAGUCCUAUUCUGACCAUCGCUGCGUGUCUCACACACCGAUCACCGUUCCUGUCACCGAGUCAGGAACGAGACGAAGCCAAGGCGGCGCAUAAACGAUUCCUGGUUGGCAAGAGUGACCUGCUGGCGUACGCACAAGCCUACAACGCAUGGUACUCUACCAAGAUUCGCGGACUGGUCAGCGUGCGGCAGUUCUGCUCUGACAACUUCCUGUCGCACGCCGCCAUGGAGAGCAUUCACGAGCUGCGGCAACAGUUUCUUCGCUCACUGCGUGCCCUGGGACUGUGUAGUACGGGUGAUGGUGACGAGUCCAAGCUGGAUGUGAACUCUGAUAAUGCACGUGUUGUGAAGGCAUGCCUUUGUGCCGGACUCUAUCCCAAUGUGGCACAGAUCCGUCGUCCGGAAGCCACCUACCACCAGACAGAACAUGGCACGGUGCAGAAAACACCCCAUGCCAAGGAGCUGUCCUUUCAGCUCCAGGACAGGCUGCGCGCUGUGCUGCACCCGUCUUCACUGCUGUUUGACGAGACUGUGUUGGAAGAUCCACUGGUGGUUUUCCACGAGAAAGUGCACACAUCACGGGUCUUCAUUCGUGGUGUCACCACUGUAGCUCCAUAUCAGCUUUUGCUUUUCUGCGGCCACUUGCAAGCCAUCCACCAAGAUAACUGCAUUAUCGUGGACAACUGGCUGCGUUUCCAAGCGCCCGGCCAUGUGGUCAGCCUGUUGUUGCAAUGUCGCCGAGUGCUUGAUCAAGAGCUGGCCCGUAAGCUACGGCAACAGGACUAUGACAUUGUCAGCAGCCCCCUGAUGUCGGCGGUUGUUCAGCUUCUCUCUCGGGAUGGAGUUUGAGAUAGAGCAACAGGAGGUCCACUCAGCUACCUGUCUUGUCUACGUUGAUGUGUGUGGAGGUUGAUAUGCGCGCAGAAUGUGGUUGGGUGUCUUGACUGACACCUCUGGCAAGCGUGCAAUGAGUUGCCUGGUAUUGGCUGGCAUGUCUGUAUGCAGGAGGGGCAAUCCGAUUCGUUUUCUAGCCAACAUGUGUACACGAGCAUAGGCGUGAUCUGGUGCUAUUGCCUGUGUGGGUCACGGACAAACACCAUACAUGGACCCUGACACCAUGACACCAUGUACCUUGCCAUCCCGUAGAAUUGCUGAGCUUGAGCUUUUUUUUUCAUUCGUUCAGAUCUUCAGUCUUACGGCUGCCUUGCAGAAAUCCAACUUCAUGAACCGUUAGUUUAUGUGCAAUGUGCUACUGGAACACUCGCUUUUCUCAGCUCGUCGGAAUUUAUAUUUUGUUUCACGCUCCAUGAUGUUGGGUCCUCACGUCCCCAAUUUUGUUAACUUAUGUGUCCACACAUUCCCUUAUGUGUCCAUGUCUUUGUUUCAACAGAACUAUGAAGAUUCCUGUCUGUUAUUUAUGUCUACAUAAUAGGUGCUUUUGGCUUGUACUGAAAAGUUGUAGCCUUUGGAGGUGCUGGUCGCCCCACUGUUCUCAGCAUAAUAUUAUUGCAACAUGCCCCACUGUUCUCAGCAUAAUAUUACUCCAACAUCCAGA